AUGGAGGGUGGGCUUCGGGCGGACGGGUGUGCCAGGGACCCGCGGCCCAGGGGCGGAGCUGCGGAGGGCGGGCGAUCUGGGGGCGGGGCCCUGGAGGGCGGGGCUGGAGGCCAGGGGCGGGGCGGAAGGUGCGGGGCUGGGGCCUGGGCGGGGCGGGCGCGCGCAGCCGCGCCGAGGCUGGGCACUGCGGGGAGCGGGGAGGCGUCUGCGGCGCUUGGAGAGGCCAUGGCGCGCUCGGAGCUCGAGUCGGGGCUGCUGGCACUGGGGUUGCUGCUGUGCAGCUGGGGAUGCCUCGCGGGCGCCGAGCUGAGGGCCCCGCCGGAUAAGAUCGCCAUUAUCGGUGCAGGAAUUGGUGGAACUUCAUCAGCCUAUUAUCUGCGGCAGAAAUUUGGGAAAGAUGUGAAAAUUGAUCUGUUUGAAAGACAAGAGGUAGGGGGCCGUCUGGCCACCCUGAAGAUCGAAGGGCAAGAUUAUGAGGCAGGUGGUUCUGUCAUCCAUCCUUUAAAUCUGCACAUGAAGCGUUUUGUCAAAGACCUUGGUCUCUCCACGGUUCCAGCUUCAGGUGGCCUUGUGGGGGUGUACAAUGGAGAGACUAUGGUGUUUGAAGAGAGCAGCUGGUUUAUAAUAAAUAUGAUUAAAUUAGUUUGGCACUACGGAUUUCAAACUCUCCGAAUGCAUAUGUGGGUAGAAGAUGUGUUAGACAAGUUCAUGAGGAUCUACCGCUACCAGUCUCAUGACUAUGCCUUCAGCAGUGUAGAGAAAUUGCUACAUGCUGUGGGAGGGGAUGACUUCCUCCGACUGCUUAACCACACACUUCGGGAAACCUUGCAGAAAGCAGGCUUCUCGGAGAAGUUCCUCAAGGAAAUGAUUUCUCCUGUCAUGAAGGUCAAUUACGGCCAAAGCACAGACCUCAGUGCCUUUGUAGGGGCAGUGUCAAUGACAGGUGCUGAUUCUGGCCUUUGGGCAGUAGAAGGUGGCAAUAAAGUUGUUUGCUCAGGGCUUCUUAAGGCUUCCAAAGGUAAUCUAAUAUCUGGCUCAGUAAUGUCUAUUGAGGAGAAAACAAGGACCAAGUUGACAGGAAAUCCUACCAAGAUGUAUGAAGUAGUCUACCAAACUGGAUCUGAGACCCUUUCUGACUUUUAUGACAUCGUCUUGGUGGCCACUCCAUUGAAUCAAAAAAUGUCCAACAUAACUUUUCUCAACUUUGAUCCUCCAAUUGAGGAAUUUGAUCAGUUCUACCAACAAAUAGUGACAACUCUUAUUAAGGGAGAAUUGAAUUCAACUGUGUUUAGCUCGCGAGCCCCAGAUCAGUUUGGCCUCUCUACAGUGUUGGUCACUGAUAGUUCAGGUUUGUUCAUUAACAGCAUUGGUAUUGUAUCCCCUGUAAAAGAAGAGGAAAAUCGUCGGUCAUCAACAGAUGGAAAACAUGUUUGGAAGAUAUUUUCCCCAGAUGUUCUUAGCAAACAGCAGAUUAUGAAAUACUUUUUGUCGUAUGAUUAUGCAGUGAAGAAGACCUGGCGCGCAUAUCCUUUCUAUAAGCCCCCACAGAAAUGUCCCUCCAUCAUACUUCAUGACCGGCUGUAUUAUGUCAAUGGCAUAGAGUUUGCUGCAAGUGCCAUGGAAAUGAGCGCCAUUGCAGGCUACAAUGCGGCUCUCCUCGCCUAUCACCGCUGGAAUGGGCAUGCAGACAUGAUUGACCAAGAUGGCCUGUAUGAGAAACUUAAAACAGAGCUGUGAAAUAACACUCCCUUCUUCCCCUCCUUGUUCCCUAUGAGUAUCACCUGCAGAAAAUUACUGAAUCUCAGAGAUGAUUUUGAAUAGGAUAUUUUGCUGUUAUUGUCAUUUAAUUAAGUAACCCUUAUGGGUCAUAAACAAAUGCAAGGUUCAGUGGAUAACUUCCAUAUUAGGACACCUCCAGAAUUUCUUACCUGCUCUUGCAAUAUCCAUCUGCAGUGUUUCCCACCUUGUGUAAUCACAGCAAUCACCUGGAGCUUGUUAAAACACCUGGGCAAAUGCCUGUACUCAGCACUCAGGAGGCUGAGGUAGGAGGAUCAUUGAUAGUUGGAGGCCAGCCUGAACUACCUAGUGAGAUCCUGUCUCAAAAACAGUAACAAAACACACAGAAAACCCAAACAUGAGGAGUCUCAUUUCUCUUGAGAUUCUGAUUCAGUAGGUUUGAAGUGGAUCAAAAUUGUAUAGCUGGGCAAGAUGAACUCUUGAAGAAUUUAAAGACAUUCUUGGGGACUGGCUCAUUUAAGUUUCACAUUUGGAUAUGAUCUCUAUUCAGGUAAAACUACUUUAGAAAUUGAUGUUUUGAGGCUGUCUGUCAGCCUUGUACACCCUUUGACCCAGGUAGACCUAUCUUUCAUCCUGGACUUUGAGGAUGUUAUUUUUUCAUUUGCCACUGUUUUAUUAGGGGAAAAUUCAGAAGUCUUAUGGGUGAAAUCUUAAUAUUUCAUACAAAGAUCUCCAGGAAAAUGGAAAGCAGAUAUGGGCUAAUGAAUUAAGAGAUUGACAUUCUACUAUUAAGCCUUCCCCUGAGGAGCUUUAAAAAUUGAUAGGCCCACACAAGUAGAGAUUGGGAUUGAAUGGUUUAAGAAUAUGAACUUGACAUUAUAGCUUUCUCAGCUUUCUAAUGUGUAGCCAGAGUUAAGAGACUCUGGAGCUGGGGGUAAAGUAUCUGCAAAGGGCUUUCAGUGCCUUAGAAGUCCUAAGAAACCCAAACCGUUAUCAAAGCAGAUCUAUUUCACAAGGAACAAUUCUCAGGGAGAACUUUCCAGUAAUCUUCAUAAGAAGCACUGACUGUCUAAAUAGCAGAAGCAAGGUCUCUAGCCAGGGAGUAGCUGGCAGGAUAGUCAUACCAACUGUGGUUAAAUCCAGGAUGUUUGGAGUGCUAAAUACGUCAGCUGCUGUAGUAUGCGAGUUUGAAGGUGGUUGCUGAAAUCAAACUUGCCUGCACGUUGGAAUCAGUUGAAGGACUCGGAGCUUCCCUUAUGUAGCCAAACUUGAGAAAAACAAGUUCUAUGUUUGCCAUACAAAGGUCAUGAUUGACCAUUAUAGCACUGGUGCAAAGAACAGGUAAAUCUUGUGAAUUCUGACAGUAACUGCACCAGGUUAACAUGCACUGUCACUUAAAGAUUCCUUUAUCAGACUGUUAGUAGUUACUUUAGGAAAACGGUAUAAGCGCACACUGACUCAAUAAAAAUUUAUUCCCUAGUCCAGUUGUGACUAUUACAUAAUAUACUGAUAAAACUGCCAAGAUAUAUUUGAUAGGCAGGAAUUAAAUUCAUAGUUUAUCAAAAGGUUAGCUCUUUAAUAGUUUUAACAAGUGUGUGAAGAGGUAUUUAUAUAUUUUUUCCUUUUCUGGUUUUAAUGUCAAUUUGUAGACUAAUAUGCUGUGUUAUAUAUACUACAGUAGUCCCUCUUAUCUCAGGGGGGAUAUUUUGCGGUACAUCCAGGGGUUGGAUGAAAUUUAGUACUGAACCCCUUAUGUACUAUGUUUCUUCCAGUACAUACGUACUCAUGAGAAAGUUUAAUUUAUAAAUUAGGCACAGCCAGAGAUUAACAGUAUCUAAUCAUAAAAACAGAAUAUAAGGUAUUUUUUAUGUUUUCUAGCAUUUUCCAUUAAAUAUUUUUAAGCCAUGGUUGGUUUGGUAACUGAAGUUAUGGGAAGCCAAACUAGAUAGGAAGGACUACUGUAAAUAUUGGUAAAUACUAAUGAAAUGCUUUAGUUUCUAUCAUUUGUAAACUUGUUUUGCAAUGGGAUAUAUUUUUACUUAUAAAAUCACCAACUUAAAGUGUUGCUGAUUUUACAUCAGACCUAUUCUGAUCCAGUUUUCCAUUAGGGUAUCUGAAAUGCUUUCUUAAAACCCGAACAGGUUAUUAGCCAUCAGAUCAGUAAUUUCAAUGUAACUACAGUAUUAAAAAUCCUUUUUAAAAAAAUGGGGAGAAAAAUACUAGUACCUUCUACUCCAGGCAUAUUGGGUAGUUUUAUUGUAACUGCAGCAUUAAAGAACAAUUUUAUGAAAGGAAAAAUACAGUGAUGCCGGGGCCAAGCAAGAGCCAACUCUACUCUUGUUCCAGGUGAUUAUGCAUCCGAGUUGCCUGGAAUGAUUAAAACAUUGUUGGGUCCCACCCUGGGAUUUGUUACUUAACAGGAUUAUACUGGCAUACAAAAAUUGGCUUUUUGGGCUGGGAAUAUCUCAGCAGCACAGUGCAUGCUUGGCAACUGUAAGGUGCUUAGUUCAAUUCCAGCAUUCAAAAGAACAAAAAAGCCUUGCGUUUCUACCAAGUUCCCAUGUGAUGCUACUAUUCUAGGAACUACACUUGGGCAGCCAACAUCUGUGAAGAUACAGAGAUGCUGAAGAAUGUAAGAAUAAAAAUGUACUGGACUUAAAACAUCAGUUCUUGUGAUCAGUCAUUCCUGUGUAAACAUUUUCUGUGAGGAGGAAAUACUUUAUACACAUCAUUGUUU